UCACUGCCGCAGUGCGAUGUUUUGAGAAAUGUCGAACAUUUUUUCGCAGACUUUUUCGUGAUUAGAUGUUUGGGUUAAACAGAAAUUUCUAGUUUGUGCCGAAGAAUUUUCUUUGAUUGGCCAUAACGAGAAUUACGAGAAAUAUACUACAUAGCCUUUGACGGAUCGUGAGUUCUCGAAAAUAUAUAAUCAUAGUCAAAAUAAUGGAUGAUAGCAGGGAAGAGCAUCAAUUCGUGGUGGACGAUGUGAGCAAGAUCAUCAAGGAAGCCAUUGAAACAACCAUUGGAGGCAAUGCUUACCAGCACGAUAAGGUGAAUAACUGGACUGGUUCGGUUGUGGAAACUUGUCUUAGUGUGCUAACCAAACUUCAGAAACCUUACAAAUACAUAGUCACCUGUAUGAUCAUGCAGAAGAACGGAGCAGGACUGCAUACGGCCAGCUCAUGUUUCUGGAAUAACGAGACGGACGGUUCGUGCACUGUCCGCUGGGAAAACAAAACGAUGUAUUGUAUUGUAUCGGUGUUUGGGUUAUCCAUAUAAGUUUACUAUCACUGUUCUAAUUGCAAAUGCAUGUCGCUGUGGAAUUUUCGCAACUGAAACAAACAAAAACUUGACGACAUUACAAGCGGCAUAAGAACGAGCCAUCGUUCGCAAUUGAUCAUUACCGUUUCACUCUUUCGGAUAAUGCCGUAUAUUCCAACACCGAAGUAAUAGAUUCCAACAUUGUAAUUCUUAAUAGUCUAUAUAAAUAAUCUAAUCUAUUUUCUCACUUUUAUCUGUUUUUUUUUGUAUCAUUGAAGCAAGUAAUUAUGCAAGGUUUUACCAUUUUUUCUAAUGAAAUUACCAGUUAUAGUAAUCUGUUUUCAACCUUUGGCGAACCAAUGUUUUUGGAACAUAACUAUUGUUAUUUAUCAUUAAAUAUAUCUUGUAACAAUAUUCGAAAGCUAUAGCUUUCGUAUAAAAUAAACAGAUUCUCGCACAGGAAUGUGAAAUGGUUUGUUGAUUGAAAAUGAAAACAGUUAUUUUUAAUAAGUCAUCGCUAUUUAUACUUUUAAUUAAACUAAACUAACAAAAACGCUGUUACGAUAUGUAUAUAUCUGAUAGGACAUGUCUAAAAAUGAGUGUCGGAAACAUUGGGCCUUCGAUGUGUACGUGAGAAGUUAUAAACGCUGGUGAAUAAUCAACAUUGAAAUGAACGAAUGCGUAUUGAAGAAGAUUUUGAGGUGAUGUACUGUUACUGCAUUGUACUUUUGAUAGUUCCACUAUUGUUUAAACAAAACAAAAAAUCUUCUUGGGUACAGCACAUAUGCGCGAAACGAAAUAUGAGUCAGUGUCACAAAAUAAAGCAUAGACGGUAGAGUUAUUUGAAUAAA